GGUAGAGAGAUUCUGGUGGGAGGCAAGUCUAACACUUGGAGCUGGAAAGUUCCUGAAUCUACAGAGGAAACACUAAACCAAUGGUCAGAGAGAACAAGAUUCAAAAUUGGAGAUACUCUUUUAUGGAAAUACAAUGCGGAGAAUGAUUCAGUAUUGCAAGUGAAGGAAAAAGAUUACGAAAGGUGUGACAGAUCAGAGCCAAUGAGAGGAUACAAAGAUGGUCACACGAAGAUAGAGCUGAAUAGGCCAGGUCCUUUUUAUUUCAUAAGUGGGGAAGAAGGACAUUGCCAAAGAGGAGAGAAGCUUCGUGUCGUCGUCUUGUCUCCAAACCACAACAGAAGCGUUGUUGAUGCUCCUGCUCCUGCUCCUGUGAACGUCGUAUUGUCUCCAAAUUACAACAGAAGCAACGUUGAUGCGGGUGCUCCUUUAAACGCUCAUAUCACAAACAAGGGAAACCUGAACAGAGCAUGGAGUUUGCUUCUUCUUCUUCUCCCAUUAGGCCUUUUGGUUUAGUCUUGUUACCUCUUCUUAGCCAAUUCGGUUUGUAUGUUCCGGUUUAUUUGUAUUUUGGUUUUGUUUUUU